CGAAAGGUCCCUCACUUAGUCAAUGUUUACUCAACAACACCAUCAUGGAAAUCAGAAGAUGUCAUCUAACUCAAAGCUUACAGCAUGCUUUUCUGUUAAAGGAUGAUGCACGAAGAAUAUGAAGAAAUGGAGUUAGAUUCACCUAAAACGCCUCUGUUCAAAUUCAUCAGAAGUAAGAUGACGUACUCUGGAAAUGACAUCAGUCUGAAUAAAAAUGACGAAAUCCGGAUUAAAAAUCGUGAUGAACCGAACGCUUUACCUCUAGGAGAUCGGAUAAAUCUACGUAAGGAGUAUAUACAACGCAGACGCUGGAUUGUUGAUUUAGAAUUCGUCUUUGCGAUGGCUGGUAUAAUUCUGAUGAUGAUUGAAACAGAGCUGUACAUCAGUCACAACAUAGCCAAGACUAGUGUAAUAUCUCUGGGAAUAAAGUGUAUUAUCUCCGUCACAACAGCUGCACUGCUGGUCACUAUCUGUAUCAACUACUACACAGUGGUACAGAUCAAAGUUUUAGAUGUCGGUGUGAAAGAUUGGCGGUCAGUAAUUACGACAUGGAUGGUUUGCAGUUUACUUCUAGAAAUCAUUGUGUGUUCUCCACAUCCGUUUCCUGGUGACUAUAACAUCGUGUAUACGUCCCCUGGCGGAAACCAACGAUUGGUCAGCAUUGACGCGGUAUUAUCCAUUCUAAUGAUGACCAGGCUGUAUUUGGUUGGGAAGUUUGCCGUUGUGCACAGCCGGCUGUUGACCGACACGUCCACUAGUAGUAUAGGAACAUUGAGUAAGGUGAAAAUCAACACCAAGUUUGUCUUCAGGGCUGCCAUGACAAAUAGACCGGGCAUGUUGAUUUUCCUGGUCAUGGUGAUCACAUUCCUUGUAAACACGUGGGCGAUGAGAACUUGCGAGAUUUACUACGAACCAGUAAACAGUAAGAACACUUAUUUAGAAACCAUGUGGCUGGUCGCCAUCACCUUCCUGACAGUCGGGUAUGGUGACGCCACGCCUAGUAGCUACUGCGGAAGAUACAUCUCAAUAAUCACGGGCAGUAUGGGUGUGGUGACGACAGCUCUUCUCGUUGCAAUGUUGGCGAGGAAUCUUGAACAGUCUCGACAAGAAAAAUAUGUAUUUAAUUUCGUAUCGAGGAUGCAGAUUGAGAGCAGAAAGAAAAAUGCCGCCGCCAAUGCCAUUAAAAACGUUUUAAAGAUAUGGACUCUGAAAAAACAUGGCGAAGGUCAAAGUAAAGACGUGCGGAAAUAUACUGAUCGCUUAAAGCACGCCCUGAAGGAAAUAAAUAUUGCGCGAGAUGAAAUGGAUCAUAUUGGUGACGGAAUGCUGGGAAUGGUGGAUGUGGCUCACACUGUAGACCGGAUAGGGACGGUAGUGGACAGGAACUUUCACGGACAGAAUAAACUAGAGAUGAGAAUUAACUCCCUUGAUAUGCGGCUCUCUAACAUAGAAGACAAACUUAACGAAAUCCGAACGCUUUUGUCUGCAAAGUUUAGGUAGAUUUGUUUAAUGUAUACACGAGAGCCUAUUCGGUUCAUUUUGAGAAGCAAAAUAAAAAUAUCUAUCUCGUUAAAACGCGAUAAUUAUCUCGUUAAAACGCGUUAGUUAUCUCGUUAAAACGCGUUAGUUAUCCCGUAAA